AUGCUUCAGUCCAACGGCCAUACUCGUAAGUAUCUAGCGGCCAUAUCCCCCUACUCUAACAUCUUCAAACAACCCCACAUACCAGCCUCCUCCACAAUAACCGGCGCCGUCUACCUCUUCCGGCAUGGUAUCCUCGAGGUUUCCCACCAUGAUUACAGCGCCUACAUAGCCCCAUUCCUUAAGAAGCUACAAGGGCUGCAGGAGCAGGGAAGGCCGUUCGUGCGGGGCAACUUGGCUUUUCUUGGUAACUAUCGGAGCUGGAUUACAGCGGCGCAUGUGGGUACCGUAUCGAAGGCCGGCCUGCAGCAGAGCCAUGAUCUGGGGACUGCUUUUCGAAUACGAUAUAAGCAGUGGUUGACGGCGCCGUCGGGGGAGCCCGAGGGGAAUCCUACGUUGUCCGUGUGGACUGAUGAGGCGGCACGUUGCCAUCAGUCUGCCGUUGCUUUUGCGGACGCUUUCUCUGGGAAGUUGGAUGAAGCGUCUAAACAUUCCGAAGGCAGCCUUCAGCAAGUAGACACCAAGGUCAAAGUGCUAGCCGCCGAGAAGGAUAGCAAAAGCUGUGACAAUCUUUGCUGGCACAACGCCUUCCAGGUGGACCAGCAAGCCGGUAGUGAGCAAAUGAAGCAGCUCAUGGAUGUGACCACCUACGCCUCUCUUGCGCGCCUUGAGAAUGACUGGCUAGACCCUACCACCAUGCCCUUGACCGCCCAAGAUAUCUAUUGCAUGCAGCUUCUCCACUGUUACGAUGUCGUCUCUGGGAGAGAGUCUCCCUUUAAUCAUUGCUUUGAUGCCGAAGACUGGGCCGGCUUCGAGUACUUACGAGACACGAAAUACCAUUUCAGCGAAGGUUAUGGCGCAAAGAAUAGCGGCCUGUAUUCCGUUCCUUGGAUGAAUGCUGCCGUGAGGGUUCUUUCUGGGCUAGACGGUCAAACGGGUGCAAGUCUACCCCUUCGGGUUGGCUUUACGCACCGCGAGGAGGUUCUCUAUCUCUGCUGCUUAUUGGGCAUCUGUUAUGAGAAAGAUUGGCAGCCGAGCCUGAAAAGGGUCGAUGCGAACCGCCAAUGGCGCGUCUCGCUUCUAGCACCCUAUCUAGGGCACGUGGGAAUAGAGACGUAUGUCGGCAGUUCUAAGCAGGAGCGUCUGAGGAUUAUCGUAAAUGGCGAGGUGAGGCCGGCGUUUUUCGGUAAUGUAGAGCCAGAUGAGGAUGGAGGAUACGACAUGAGCGAGGUCGAUGCAUGGACCCAGCGGAAAGUUCAGGAGUGGGAGAAGAUUGAAGGGGGGUUUUAUUCAGUCAGCUAUCUGUCGUACUGGUAUAAAACUCGGCAAGACAGGUUUCAAGCAAUCGGAUGGUUGGCAGGGUUGAACGUAUCAGGCAGUCGAUUGUUAUGGACAAACCACUACAACGAAGUGACCCUGUCACUCAAACCCCACGCAUUCCCUAGCCCUGCCAUUCACCCAUUCAUUCUGCUAUCAAUCCUCGAUCUAACAUCGGCAGUAACCCUUCCAAACCACCAUUUCCGUCCCGUCACCUUUGCACGCACGCACCAACAGCUAGCUGCCACGGCAGCACCCCAGAAGUUGUACCGUACCCCACAAUCACAUAUUGGCGCGAUCACGCACCGUUUUACGGAAGAGGACAUCGCGCAUGCCCAACUCCAUACGGCCACUAACGAUCGCUACGUCGCGACUCCGAACCCCAGGCGCACGAUUCUGCCCCCUCCCCCCGGAGAUCAAAGCAGGCGACUGGGUCAGCACUGA